AUGGCCCCAAAGCAGGAAGUCUUUCAUCUUCACCCUCAUGGGUGGGAGAACGAUCCCGCAAGCGGGGAAAAAUUCCAACUUUCGACUCUGGACUAUCUUACAGCUAUGUCGUACAACAACUACUGCCUCUUCUUCAAGAUGGACGACGCUAUGAAGCCUCGGGCCGUGGAGACCAUGAAGGAGGGCCUUGAGCGGACACUUGCUCAGGCGAGGCACCUGUGCUGCACCAUUGAGAAGAAGGAGUCGGGCAGCGGCUACGAAUACGUCAAGACCAAGGACAGCACGGUCCGUCUGUUCGUGCAGUAUCUCGAUGCCCCCGAGGACGCGGACAAGUACCCGUCCCUGGAGGAUAUUGAGAAGGCCAACUUCAGCGCCGUUGCCCUGGGCGACCUUAAGCUCUGGAGUGUCGAGCCGAUGACCUACGGCGAGAAGCCCGAGGCUCACCCCGAUAAUCAUCCCGUCGUGGCAGCAUUCAAGAUGAACUUCGUCCGGGGUGGAUUGGUAUUAAUCCUUCAUCACCACCAUUACGCCGCGGACGUGAUGGGGUGGGCGGGUUACACCCGGCAGCUGGCAGAGAACUGCUUCGCCGCGUUCAACAAGACCGAGUUCCCCUCGUGGGACCCAAAGAAUCUGGACCUUUCCCUGCUCUGCAAGCCGGAGCCCCCUGAGGACCAGAAGAUUGACGGUCCUCCUGCUCCGGAGCGCCACCCUGACCACGUCCAGGGUGUCUGCUUGCUCUUCCACCUGCCCAAGAGCAAGGCCGCCGAGCUGAAGAAGUUGGCCCAGCCGGAGGAGGGCCAGCCGUGGAUUUCCACGUACGACGCCUUUGUGGCCUACAUCUGGCGCUCCAUCACGCGCAUCCGCGCCCCCGUCUUCAACCCCGACCCAGACUCGAAGCUCUUCCUGUGCGAGGCCGUCGACAUGCGACGGCGCUUCACCAACCCCAGUGUCCCUCCGCGGAUCCGGGGCAAUGUCAUGUUCGCGGCCCUGUCCACGACGGCCCCUGUCGAGGCGCCCACGGCGGCCCAGAUCAUGUCCGAGUGGCCGCUGUCCAAGCUGGCGCAGUACAUCCGCGCCCUGACCAACAGCGUCACCCAGGAGAGCCUGGACAAGACGCUGGAGAUGGUGGCCACCAUCAAGGACAAGACGUCGCUCAACAUCCGCAUCGACUCCCUGCCGCCCUUGUCGGUCCUCUUCACUGACCACCGCGAUGCCAUCAUGUCGACGUCGGACUUUGGCUUCGGCAGGCCCAUCACCUACCGCCACCUCACGGACCGCGUGACGGAGGGCGUCAUCCUCAUCUACCCCCCUCGCAGCAGCGAUCCCGCCUCCGACGAGGGCCCCGAGUUCUCCUUCUUCUACGAGAAGAGGCUGGCGCAGGACCUCAUUGAGGACAAGGAGUUUAGCAAGUACUUUGAGUACAGAGGCGUUGAUGCGGAGGACGCCACUGCCCCGGCCCUCCUCAACUGAU